ACAAUCUACAAUACCAUAUACGACUACAAAAUCAGACAAAUGCCACCGCCGGGAAAUCCACGAUCUAAAUAAGAAUAACUCCACCUCUCAAAUACCGGUGGGAAGCCAUGGCGGAGGAAGAAACCCAGAAACUAGUGGUUGUGGAUUUGAUUGACAAGGCGACCAACUCUACGGCGGGGGAGGUAGAUCCCCGCCUUCUCAAGGCGAUUAAAGUGACCGUUCGUUAUUCGGAUUCGGAGCUACGAGCUGCCGCCAAAGCCCUAAUGUCACUCAUGAGACGCGAUCAUUCUCAGGUUCGCUAUCUUGCUCUUUUCAUAAUAGAUGAACUUUUCAUGCGCUCAAAGCUUUUCAGAAGUCUUCUUGUUGAGAACCUGGAUCAGUUACUUAGCCUAAGCAUUGGGUUUAGAAGAAAUCAUCCACUCCCUGCUCCUGUUUCUGUUGCAUCUGUUCUGCGGUCAAAGGCUAUUGAGUUUUUGGAGAAGUGGAAUGAGCAAUUUGGAAUUCAUUACCGGCAGGUCAGAUUAGGCUAUGACUAUCUCAAGAACACUCUUCGUUUCCAAUUUCCUAACCUACAAGCCAAUGCUGCCCGAAUACAGCAAGAGAGAAGGGAAAGAGAAAUAAAAACAAAAGAGAUCUUACUAAAAAAAUUCGAAUCUCUGAAGGCCAACUUUCCUUCAGUGAAAGAGGAAAUAAAAUCAAAGAUUGACGAAAUUGAUGGGUGUUUAGAAAUUCUUAGAGCUAAGGAUGAAGAUAUGUCGCUGGCCCCUAUGGAUGAAGAAGAAAUGGAAGAGUAUCGUAAUCCAGAGCUACGGCAAAUACGGAUUGAUUCUUUGAAAGAAGGGGAAAAAGUUCAAGAGAACAGUGAAAAUAAAGUUGUUUUUGAUGCACUCAGGGAGUCUUACAAGGUUCUAAUGACUAAGCAUCUGGCUUUUAUCCAGGAAUCAAUUUCAGUUCUAAUAAGGGUGGAGACUACUGACAACAGGUUUAUAGAUGCUGCUUUGAAAGAUCUCAUAGAUAUAAGAAAUAUUAUCCAGUCAACAAUAAGAAAAUGUGAAGAAUCAGGUUGUACUCUUCCUAAAAUUACACCUGCUGAAGAGGAUGUUGUUUGGGAAGAAGGUAUCAUAGAAACAUUUGAUCAUGGUAAACUUGGUCCAAGCCUUUCCAGAAGUAGCAAUGAGCAAGAUCCAUAUAUUGGUGGUAGUUCAAGAGAAGCUGAAUGCAGUAAUAAUUUGUCACGGGUAGAUGCCAAAGAGAGUAAUGCGAAGACUGGAAAUGAAUCAAACCCCUUACGAAGUAAGCUUUUGACUGAAGCUCCAGUUCUUAAUUGGGGAUCAUUCCUUGACAGCUGGGGAUCAGACAGAGAUGUAUUAGCUAAUCAGAGGGGGUUGGAACUUGAAGGUCACUGGGGUAGGGUUGACCAUGAUGCGGUCAUACCAGCAGAAAAGAUUGCAGAACUCAAUGUCCGGGCAUUUGUUUAUGAAGAAAAACCUGUUGAUAUCAAACCAUGUCGAGCUCCUUUAAGGAAGGGUGGACUUUGUCAGAGAAUGGAUUUGAGAGUUUGCCCAUUUCAUGGACCCAUCAUCCCUAGGGAUGAUGAAGGAAAGCCUAUGGAAGAGAACUCCUUAACAGAUGAUACAGUUACCCAGAAGCAGCCGGAAGUGUUGACCCCAGAUGAUGAUAAUAAUGUAGUUGAUCAGCUGUUUAGACAAGCUGUAAAGAAUGUUCGGGAAAAAGACCAAGAAGCAGUGAAGAAGAGAGAUCUUGACAAGCAGACCAUAAAGAGAGCGAAGCUUGCAAAAGUGAGGGAGCAUAAUGAAUCUGUGUUGCGUGAUGCUGCAAUCGCUUCAACUUCAAAAUCUUUUCACGUUGGGGAAGAUGCUGAAACGAGCAAUGGCUCAGGAUCUUCAGCUAAAACCAAGAAACAAACACUUGCAUCAAUGCUGAAAAAGAAAGAAACUUCUAAAGACAGAUUAACUCAAAGGCUGUUGAACGCUCGAGUAAGGGACGCCACAGUCAGACAACUGACAGCAUCUGAGGAUGCAACCUACAGGGAAGCAUUUCCAAAUCAAUGGUAGCUUAAACUCUUACAUCCCUUCCAUACUUGUUUUCUAAAUGCUGGCUGGGGAUGUAAGAGACCAAAAUUGUUGUUCUUGUCUUGUCCAGUUUUACUUUAAUAUAGAGAUUUUUAAAUAAGUCGGAUUACUUGAAAGUAGUUCAGUUGCUACUUCUCCCCACCCCUAGAAUUCUGUUCAAAUUCCUUGAGACUUUUCAUUACAUUUGUGUGUUUGUAAAAUAUGACUUGCAAAAUUUAAGGAAAUAAACACGUUUCAUGAUGUUUUCUUC